UCAAUUGAAAAAGAUUCGUUCAAUGGAAGUUUCUUGGGCAUUGGGUGCUGGUUUUCAUCUUCUAAAUUCUUAUCAUGAAAAUAAAUUGAAAGAAUCUCGUGAUGAGAGGCAGCGACAAUUGAAAGAAGCUUUGGAACGUGAUCGUGAGGAUUUGGAAGCUCGACGCAAAGCAAUUGAAGAAAAAGAGGCAGCCACGGAUAAAAGAUUGGCCUCUUUGUCAACGCUGGCGAAGAUAUUUCAUUGGUUUAGUGAUUGGAUGACGCAUUUGCUCACAUCGCUUAAUUUGAUUUCAUGAAGGAAUAAUAUUUAUUGAAAAUAUGAAGGCUCAUGUACUUAUUAAAAAGAUUUUAGCCGUUUUUUUUUAUAAAUUAUUGGAUUACGACAUUUUCUAAACAUUUCCUUCUUUUAGCCUGCAAUAGAUUUUAUGUGUUUAUCAUUUAUGCUUCGUUAAAUAAAUAUUUUCCAUUUAUUUCUCAUUUGGGUUUUUUACAACGCCUUAAGGUGAUAAUUUUUUAGAUAUUAGGACUCUAGUAUUCCCUUUAAAGUUUUUUGACGAAAUGUAGUAAUAUUGAAUGUAUUAAGUAGAGAAAUAAAUGUUGAAGAUAGUGUGUGAGUAGAGAUAUAAUUUUUUAAAUAAAUGACACUUUGUCC